UAGCAGCUUCCUUGAUAGAAUAUCCUUCCUUUUAAACGAUCAUCACUUGUGGAGUAAAGGAACUCCGGUUUUGGCACUGAUUAGCAUUUCGUUGUAUAUGGGGUCAUACCAAGUAGGGAUGGAAGGAAUUCCAUGGACUAUAGUUGCAGAGAUUUUUCCGAUGAACAUAAAAGGUGCAGCUGGGAGCAUAGCCAGUUUAUCUGGGAAUAUUUGUUCCUGGACCGUUUCGUACAACUUUAACUUCUUAUUUCAAUGGAGCUCAGCAGGGACAUUCUUCGUAUUUACAGCAGUUUGUGGUCUGAAUUUUGUUUUUGUUUCGGAGAUGGUGCCGGAGAUGAAGGGGCGAACACUUGAAGAAAUACAAGCAUCAGUUUCUGGCAGUUCACAGUGAG